AUGGGUUUGAGUUCUAAACAAGUUUCUAGUAGAGGUGUUGAUUGGAACCAAACUUUGUUACAAGAUCAAAACUUAGAACUACCAAAAGCUUCACCUAUGAGAAAACAACAACAACAACAAAAUCAUCAUCUAGAAGCUGUGAAUUGUCCAAGAUGUGAUUCUUCAAACACCAAAUUUUGUUACUACAACAAUUACAACAAGUCUCAACCUCGUCAUUUCUGCAGAGCUUGUAAGAGACAUUGGACUAAAGGUGGAACUCUAAGAAAUGUUCCUGUUGGUGGUGUUAGAAAGAAUAAAAGAGUCAAAAAAUCAAGCUCUACAAAAACUACUAUUAGCACCCCCAGAACUUCUAUUACCACCCCCACCACCUCAAAUACCAAAACCACACCUUCUAUGUAUGAAUCUCUCAUUCAUCCACCAUCUUUUUUUCCAUCUCAUAAUCUGAUGAGUACUAGAGAUUCAUCAGAAGGUAAUAAUGAAGAGUUUGGUAUUGGUAAUGGUAUCUUUCUGAGUUCAUCUAUGGAUUUACCUCAAAACCAAAGUCUCAUAUUCCCAUUCUCAAACUCAAGCUCUUUGAGAUCAUCCAAUGCAUAUAACUAUGGUGAAGAGUUAAAAGUCAUGGAAGAUUCAAAUAUCAACAACACUAUAAUGCCAAGUACUAGUGGUGCUGGUGCUAUUACACAGCCAUGGGAGAGCAUUCCUGCAGCAGCAAGUAGUGGCAUGGACAUGUCAAACUAUUGGAGUUGGGAAGAUAUCGAUUCUUUGGUCUCAACUGAUCUUAAUGUUCCUUGGGAUGACUCUGAUAUCAAACCCUAA